ACAACUUCAUCAGCGUCCCUAAGCCUGAUACGCAGUGCGCGUGUGGCUUAACCGGCCCACUCGCUAAACUCGAGCUGCCGCCGCAGCACGCCACGUCCGGCUCGAACAUGUCAGACUUGAACGGCUCGACCUCAGAUGACAGUUUAUUUCAUCGUAAGUCGCUCGACCCCUUGGUGAUAGACAUCUCCAAAGAGGAGGAGCAAGAGACUGUUCGUUGUUCGGGCUGCACGUCACCGCUGUCGUCCGUAGGAUUAGACGACAACAGCGAUGACACACGCGAAACAGCGACGCAGCACGAGCAGUCGUCGAGUAGCGACGAGUUGGGCUUACGCAAGCGUAGCAUGACCCUGAAUUUAUACAGCCCUGGGGCAUCCCAACCCGGCCACAAAGAGGCCCACUGCUCGAGCUUGCUCACGUCUCCGGACCUGCAGAUGCUGGCGUUGUCGACGCCCGAGCUCGAGCGGUUCAUCAUUACUCUCAACGGACGGGAGACGACGGUGAGCAGGCUGUCUGUGCUUACCGUGGCCAAGAAAAAGGAGCAAUUUCCGAGUGACUUCGCCGAAUCCCUCGAUCAACUCCAGCUGCAGUCACCUGUACUUCAACAGCACACCGCGUCCGGCCCGGACACGUCCGACUCGUGCGACUCCACCUCGAACGACACUCGAUCUCAUCCUUUAUCGUCCGAGCCGAAAACGGUACCCAUCGACAUGCGUGACACAGACAGGACACAGCACACCGCAUCCGGCCCGGACACGUCGGACUCUACGUCAAGCGACAGUCCCACUCGUCCUUUAUCGUCCAAGACACAAACGGCACCCACCUACAUACGUGACGCAUCAAGGAUGAGACUGGAACAGAGGAGGGAGAGGAAUCGUAUUGCGUCGUCGAAGUGCCUCAAUCGAAAGCUCAGUCGCAUCUCGGAGCUCCGAGAGAAAGUUUACGUGCUCAAGAAGGAGAGAAAAGUGCUGGAAUGCAAGACGAGCAUUCUACGCCACGAGGUGUACCAGCUCUCCCAGAAGGUGGUGACGCACAUUGAGGGGGGCUGUAGGAUGUGAACUUGCCACACGCACCCUAGAUAUGCUCGGUGAAUUGCUUUUUAACGGAGUUCCACGCGUGGGUCGUGCGGGCUCCCCCGCAUGGGCAGGUCUUGAAUCUCGAUAUUCCUGUAAUCUCCACUAUAAGUCCCGAGGGCCAACUCGCGUAUAUGGAGUGCUGUGGAAGCUCUGCAACCUCGUGUUCACUAGUAUCAGCCCCGCGUCAGCAUGGACUGCUCUUUAAUCUCGCAAACCCCGUGAUCAUAACCCUAACGUAUACAUGCAGGAUCAGUGACAUGGAUGCUAUGCACCACGAACGAGAA